AUGGCCGAUUUAUUAUUCCCUCAAUUGGAGCGUCCUCUGCCCUCGAUGCCCUCCCUGCACUACACCCUGUUUGCGUACCGCGAGGAGCUGAGACGUCGGGAUGUGCCCUUCAUGAAGAUGUCCACCAUCAAGCUGCACCUGACGGACAAUUUGAUACUGCAGACCAUCAAGAACAUACGGCAGUACGACACCAUCGAGAUUAUGAAUCUCAACAGGGAGAUCACCUUCAAGCGGCGGCUCACCAAGCAGAUGCGCAAGGUGCGAAAGCUCGAGAAGCUCGGCCUGACCAUCGAUCCCCGGAAGCUCACCGAGGGCGGACAGUGGCACUGA